AUGUUACCAACAGAUUAUUUAAACAAUCGAACAAAACUUAAACGAGAAGGUUCAACUUUAGAAGAAACUAAUAUUACAAAAAGAGCUAAAACACCUAUUGAUUUCUCAGCGAUACCCUUACCUGAAGAAGAUGGUCAACGCUAUCUAUCUAUUCAGUCUCAUGAUAUUAUCAUUCCAUCCUAUGCUGCUUGGUUUGAUAUCAAUACUGUUCAUGUUAUCGAAUCUAGAGCAUUGCCUGAGUUCUUUAAUAAUAGAAACAAAUCAAAGACACCUACAGUUUAUAAAAAUUAUCGUGAUUUCAUGAUUAAUACAUAUCGAAUGAAUCCUGUAGAAUAUCUUACAAUUACUGCUUGUAGACGUAAUUUAACCGGUGAUGUUUGUGCUAUUCUUCGUGUUCAUUCCUUUUUAGAGCAAUGGGGUUUAAUCAACUAUCAGGUCGAUCCUGAAGCUAAAUUAUCAUCACUGAGCCCACCUUUUGAUAGUCAAUUUAAAGUCAUUAUACAAAAGCCUAUACGUAAAAGUCAAAGUAAGCCACAGAUAAAAGACGAUGUUGAUAUUAAAACAGAAAAAGAGGACAAUAAAAUAAUCAAGAGUAAGACACCACAAUCAUGCUCAUCAUGCGGAACUCAAUGCACUACAGAACAAUAUAGUAGUACACAAAAGAAAGAUUUCUACCUUUGUCCUCGUUGCUUAAUUGAAGGUAAAUAUCCAUUAGAUCAUGGAAACGGAAAUUUUGUGUUAGAGAGAUUUGAUAAAGAAGAAUCGAACGAGAAAUGGGAUGAAAAUGAAGAAAAAUUACUUGAAGAAGGUCUAAAACAAUUUGGUGAUGAUUGGGAAAAGAUUUCUGAACAUGUAGGCACACGAACUCAUGACGAAUGCAUCUUACAUUACUUACAAUUAUCAACGGAGGAUCCAAUUGAAAAUAUAGAGUUGAAAAAGUUAGGUCUACUUCAAUAUGAUUCUAUAACAAAAGAAAAUCCAAUUAUGACUGCAGUUGCAUUUUUAGCAUCUAUGGUUAAGCCUAAAGUGGCAGCAGCAACAAUAGCAGCAGAGACAAAUAUAGUAAAUGAUGAAGAAAAAGCAAAAGAUAACACUGAGGAAGAAGAAUUUUAUAACUUAACAGAUAGACUAGUUAAACUGAAAUUAGAAAAAUACCAUAAAAGUUAUUCAUAUUAUCAUUCUCUUGAAAGCUUAGUAGAACAACAGAAAAGACUGUUAGAAAAGGAGAAACGCCAACUUGAAUAUGAUCAAAUGAUGGUUAAAAAGAAGUUCAUUCAAAUUCAUCAUGAAAUGGUAAAACAUGGUAAUUCUGCCACAGCCAUUGCUAAUAGUAUUACACCAGCACUACUUCAACAACAAUUAGCCGCAAUACCACCCAAUCCUAACAUGUUUCUUAAUCCUCAGCAGCAACAACAACGACAGCACAUUUUACAACAACAACAAUAUCAUUUACAGAUGCAAAUGCAACUUCAGCAACAACAAUUACAUAAUCAAGCACGUCAAAAUGGACCUGGCUUUAAUAAUAUGAUGCCCUUAUAA